AUGGGUCCAGAUUUUCGAGUUUUGGUUCGAAAAAGCAGGAAGCAGGCUGAACAAUAUCAUAGAUUGUACAAGGAAGUAGGAACCAAUUCCUGUCACUCAACUUGUAAGGGAAAUUGCAGCUGUUAUGCAGGAGUUCACUCAGUCUGGGUGGACCCAUCGGGUUCAUAUUUCUCAUGGAAAGCCUCAGCAGUGGGAAAGAAUGUCUCGAAUGCAAAAACAUUCCUAGAGAAGAGGUAUACUGAUGAUAUGGAGCUUGAUGAUGCUGUGCAUACAUCUAUCCUGACACUGAAGGAGGGAUUUGAAGGACAAAUUUCGGGCAAAAACAUUGAGUUUGGAAUAAUUGGUGCUGACAAACAGUUCAGAGUACUAACCCCAGCCGAGAUAGAGGAUUAUCUAGCUGAAGUGGAGUAGCUAACUGCAUACUAUUGCCAGACAACUACGAAAGAGAUUAUUAAUCCAAUUUGUGUUGCAUUCCUUUGCAUUUUAACUGGAGCGAUCAAUUUGAUUGAUGUAGAUUAAAAUUGUUGUGAACCGAUUGGAGUAAAUGGCUAGCCUAUUUGAAUUGGAGCAGCAAGGUGUUGGGCCCUUAGAUUGUUGCCCCUUUUUUUUCAGACUGGCAAAUACCUUGUCACCUUAAGCUCUCCCAAAGAAGAUCGUUUAAUAUUUACUAUUUGCAGCCCCAAAACCAGAAAAGGAA